AGUUGUGAAACGUCCGACGUGAACGGUGUUUUUUCGGUGUCUUUUCUGCUCUCCCGGCCUCUGCUGCUGUGAAUGAAGUAUCUGUUGAGCCGAAGAAAUCAGCGCGUCUCCAUGAGGAAACUCGACCGUGGACUCGCUGAAACUUUGUCCUAGCCGUGCACACACUCACACCUGAGCGACUUUAACAUUUUUGCGGUUUUCGCUGUUAGGCUUCUUAUUUUUCUGUCUUCGCCUGGCCCAAAAUGAAGAGUUUGUUGGCGCUGUGUGUCGUGUGGACGGUGGCUGUGGUGUCGGGGACUGAGGAGCAAAAGUUGAACAACUGUAAUGAAGUUCGUGCUGCCUACAGCUCCAAAGGCUUCAACGUUAACGACGUCCCCAGCAAAGGAGUCAACGGAGUCCCCCUGAAAGUGUGUCCGCAGGGCUACUCCUGCUGCACUGUGGAGAUGGAGGAGAAGCUAAGCCAGCAGAGCCACACGGAGAUCAAAGCUCCCGUCUCCAAGCUUAGCACCAGCCUACAAUCCACCUUCAAACAGAGGCAUGACCACUUUGACAAGUUUUUCCGCGAGCUUUUGAAAAACGCAGAGAUCUCGCUGGACAGCAUGUUUGUGAAAACAUACGGGAUGAUGUAUGUGCAGAACUCGGCACUUUUCAAGAACUUCUUCCAGUCCCUGACCCAGUACUACGUGUCCGGCAGCGCUGCCGUCAACUUGGACUCCAUGCUGUCGGAAUUCUGGGCCGACCUUUUGGAGAGGAUGUUCCAGCUGGUCAACGUGCAAUACGAGUUCAGCGACACCUACAUGGACUGCGUCAGCCGACAUACGGAGGAGCUGCAGCCGUUCGGCGACGUGCCCCGCAAGCUCCGCAUCCAGUUAACGAGGUCCUUUAUCGCCGCACGCACCUUUGUGCGUGGCCUGGCGCUCAUGCCUGAGGUGGCCAAUAAAGUUUCUACGGUCAGCGCCUCUCCCAGCUGUGUGCGAGCGGCCAUGAAGAUGUUGUACUGUCCCUACUGCUCGGGCCAAGUAGCCCUGAAACCCUGCCAGAAUUACUGUCUGAAUGUGAUGCGUGGCUGUUUGGCUAACCAGGCAGACUUGGACACGGAGUGGAACAACUUCCUCGAUGCCAUGCACAGUCUCGCCGAGAGGCUCGAAGGUCCCUUUAAUUUCGAGUCUGUCAUGGAUCCCAUUGAUGUGAAGAUUUCAGACGCCAUUAUGAACAUGCAGGAGAACAGCAUGCAGGUGUCGCAGAAGGUUUUCCAAGGAUGUGGAACGCCCAAAAUAAGCGCCGGCUUUCGUUCCAAACGUUCUGUUAAAGAGUCCACCUUCACCAGCCGCUUCCGCCCUUACAGUCCUGAAGCAAGACCCACCACUGCUGCUGGAACCAGUUUAGAUCGACUGACAAUUGAAGUAAAAAAGAAAUUGAAGCAUGCCAAAAAGUUCUGGUCCACGUUGCCAGAGACUGUGUGUGUAAGCGAGGGGAUUGCAGCUGGUGAUGAGUGCUGGAAUGGUACAGCGAAAAGCAGGUACGAAUCAGAUGUCAUUGGCAGCGGGCUGGCCAAUCAGAUAUCAAACCCGGACGUGGACGUGGACAUAACAAAACCAGACAUCGUCAUCCGCAGUCAGAUAGCAGUUUUGAAGGAAAUGACGAGCCGGCUCAAAGCUGCACACAGCGGCGUCGACAUUACUGCAGAGAGCGAUGAUGACGGCAGCGGAGAUGAGAGCGGCAGCGGUUGCGACGGUCCGAACUGCGACAUGUACUUCUCUGUUCCACCAACGUCUGAUAAAGAACGGGGUGGAAAAGCAGCGGGUGGAAGUGAAGUGGCUGGAUCACCACGGGUUAAUCCAGUGCAAAGCAAUAACUCAGCUGGGGUCACCUCACGGGGAAGCAUGGCGCUGGCGCUCUGCGGGCUCGCCCUGGCCCUGUUAGCUUCCCGCUUGAGAUAAAACUGGCUGGACAGGGAGAGGGAAGAGAACGACCAGGAGCAACAGCACGAAGGGGAAAACUGUCAGAGAGACUUUAAAAAACAAAAAGACUGCCUUCAGGACAUUGGACUGUCCACUGUUGGGGUGGGAGGGGAAGAAACUUCUUAAUAUUACAAUAACCUCACUAUUAACUAUUUGUUCGUAUGUUGUUAAAGACAUCAGUGUACAGCAGUAUGAUUUUUCUUCCCAGGAGAUCCACCUUUGUCGCCCAGAUAAACCUGCCCUCCGACAGCUCUCUCCGAGCUACUUUUUGGUUGUGCUUGCAGCAUUUCACACUUACUUUGGCAGUUUAAUCUCAUGAUUAACUUUGUGCCUUCUUCAAUGACUGAAAUCUGACAUCUAAGCAUUAAGAAAGAUAUUGGGUCAAACUCUGAGUGCCUGUGUUGGGACACAUCUUUAAAUUUCUGAGGCUGGUCUUUCUAUCGGUCACAAAACACGACUAAUAGAAACAGAACCCACGUGACGCUGUCUUGUUACUAAUUCAAAGCUUUUUUUUAUUUUUUUGCACAUUAUAAAAGUGCAUACUGUGAAUAUUUGUGCCUGUGUGCAUUUAUACUUUUACAAAGGCCAGAAAUUCUGAAGCAUUUUGAGACUUGUUUUGCUCGGUUUGCUUUGGAGGCAGCUCGUCUCAAAAAUGCAGUGAGAGUUUACAGCACAGGUGCUCAUGUUUGACCUGAAGAUGGCGUCGUUCUGUGGAAGAGUCUGCGGGGUGCUCUGCAAGCCCCUAACACGCAUAAUGUACGUUUGCUGCGAGCAUUUCGCAUCUUAACUUUAAAUUUCUUCAUUAUUAUUUCACUGAACUUCUUUCAGCUUAAGCAAUUCAAUAGUAAGGUUAUACCUCGUGCUUACUGAGUCAAUGUGAUCUAGACCAUAAGGUUGAGUGUCUGAUAGAGUUGGAUAUGUCCCCUGCCAUUAAACCCCCAAGAAGGCAAAGCUGACAUGUCCCAAAUGCCCUCUUUUUUUCUUUUUCUUUUCUUUUCUUUUUUUUUUUUUUUGGUACUGUAAGCUCAGUUCGGCACAGAAGAUCUGACUCUAUACAGUCUUAACGUUUGGAAAGAAAAGAGGGCAACAUGCACGUUUUGGGAGCAUUUUAAUUAAACAAGACAAGAGGAACAAAAGUCAGUGUUUUAACCAAAUGGAAAUCUAGAAAAGAUUAUUUUAAUACAGGGUUUUAUGUUGAGGAGGUGUUGAGAUUUUUAGCUUUUUUUUUUUUUGGUAUGAAGAUAUAUAUUAGGUACUACAGUGGAUUUUACUGGUAGUUGUAGGUGGUGGAAGAGGUCAGUGUGCACAGAUAAGGGGUGCGCCCUGGUCAGUGUGCACAGCGUGCCACAGUACACGCUGUACCUCGUUAAAUGGCCUGUGUCAGUAUAAAUGGACUCAUUCUGAACGGUUCUCAUCAUUUCAACUCAAAGUUAAGUGUUUUCACAAUUACUACCAAAAUUAAUGCAAUGAAAGGUGCCUGAUUAUUUUUUUAUGUUUGGUACAUUACUAGCAUCUUCUUACGUUUUUUUUGUUUUGUUUGUUUUUGGGAAAAGAAAAGAAAGUGGCUGUUGUUGAUGAUUUAUGAUCUAUCUGCUCAGAUUCCCUGAGGUGUUUGAGUAUGUUGUUACCAGCUGACAAGCACAAUGUAUGUUUUUUUUUUUUGUUUGUUUUGUUUUGUUUUUUUUUCUUGGAGCUUUUCAUUUGAUAAUCGGGUCUGUUAAGUUGCAUUACCUGAACAUCUCAUCUCUACAACGAUGCCGACUCGUGCAGCAUUGCUGCACUAAUGUAUUCCAUGUAUUUCAAACAUGCAUUUAGAACUUACACAUUAUCAAAAAUGCAACAUCUACAAUGUUUCAGUGUGCAGAUUAAGGUGGACAGAAAUAUACAUUUUUGUAAAAGUAUAGCGAAAAGAUUUGCAGCUUUAAUGCGAGUCUGCACGGAUGAAGUGAUUAGAUGGGAGUUUAUUCCUUUGCAUGUUGUCUGGCUUUGACAUUAACAGGUUGAUCUUGAGCUUACGGGACAUCUUCAGGUUAUCAGUUAUCAUCCGCAAUCAUCAGACGAAGACGUCGUAUCAAGAUCUGACCUUGAAGGAUUUGAUGAAACAUCUAUGCAACCCGUAUGAAAUACUGAAGCCUUAAUUUAAAAUCAAAAAGCUGUGCUUGAGCAGCUCGAUUUGGCAUUACUUCUGCAGGUGACCAGUUUAAUUCUAGGUUACUGUUUUUUCUCCCUUGUGUUCCACCAACAUUUCCACAAGGGCUCGUGCACGUGUUCGUGUCAUGUGUGAGGAGUGUGAAGAAGCCCGACUUUUGGAGAGACGGAAGAAAUGUUUUAGGCUGACGACGGUGACAAAAAUGUCUGUGCUUGCAGGCCAGGGCAGCAACGUUUCCAGCUGGCAGGAGUUGGUCCAGCUGCUGGAAGACGUCCAUUCGGUCCACAGAGCGAGUUCAGUCUUGUGUCUUUUAAAGUUGGACUGUUGUUGAAACCUUUCCAUGUAUGCCUUUGGCCCACAAGAACAGAAAGGACUCUCUCUGAGGAUGGAGUGAGUGACUGAAAAGAGUGGUGGGGGGGAGUGUAAAUAAAAAGCAGCGGUUUUAGAUGUCUCUAAAAGAGGCCCUACAAGUACACCAGAUUUCUACUUGUCAGAGUAUCUCCUAAAUGUUAUGGAAAAACAAGAUGAGAUAGAUGUUAAAGUGUAAGAGAAAAUGUAUAUUAAACAACAUUUUUAGUCUUGUUGAAAUAAAGACUGCCAAUAUUUAAA